UUCAUUUCUCACCAAAAGUAUCGCCAUCAUGUCCAAAACGCUCUUCACCGUGCCAAUCCCCGCCCUCGGCCCCCAUCCCGGCGGCUCCAUAACCGUCACCGAGCCCUCACCGGCCGUCUAUCUUCUCACCUUCAUCUCCCCCCCAGACAACCGCCUCACCUCCGCCGUGUGCAAGGCGCUCCUCGCCGCCCUCGACCUGCUCGAGUUCGGCGGCCACCCGCCCGGCGUGCUCAUCACCACCAGCGGCAUCUCCAAGUUCUACAGCAACGGCCUGGACCUGCAGCAUGCCAUUGAGACGGAGGGCUUCUGGGCCCUGUUCUACUCCGUCUGGCAGCGUCUGUUAACCUUCCCAAUGCCCACCGUCGCCCUGCUCAACGGCCACGCCUACGCCGGCGGCCUCAUGCUCGCCAUGGCCCACGACUACCGCCUGGCCCCCUCCCCCAAGGGCUUCAUCUGCCUCAACGAGGUGCUCUUCGGCGCGCACCUCCAGCCCGCCAUGGCGGCCCUCUUCCGCGCAAAGCUGCCCUCCAACGCCGUCUACCGGAAAGUCGCGCUCGAGGGCCACCGCUUCACGGGCCAGGAGGCCGUGGACGACGGCGUCGCCGAUGCGCUGGCCCCGGGAGGGGUGGAGGACGCGCUCAAGUUUGUGGCGGAGAGGCAGCUGCUGGAGAAGCCCAAGAAGGGCGUGUACGGGACGAUUAAGCGGGAGAUUUACAGGGAUCUUGUGAGGGAGCUGGCUGGGGCCGGGCUGGAGGCCGAGGAGAGCCGGUUCAAGGAGGAUAUGCGAAAGGAGGCGGAGAGGCAAGAGUUUGGAAAGGUGUUUGUUGAGCAGUGGCGGAAGGAGAAUAAGGCGAAGCUGUGAAAGCGUGUUUACUACUAGACAAAGAUUUGUUAGUCAC